UAAUGGUCUGUUUAUUCGCGCAGUCGCUUAUCAAGCGUUGUGAGAUGCGUAGGCGCAUUUAAAUAUAAUUGUAUUUCAUCGUUUGACAGAUUAUACCGAUGGAAGAGCUAUGGCGGCGUUUCAGAAAACCCCGUGAGAUUGACAAAAGUACAUACUCAUUGGUAUCGUGCGGUGAGCUGACACAAGACACGCUACAAGUGUGGAAUGGCUUGCCCGAAGAAAUUAAGAAGGAUCCGUCUCUAGAACAGAUCAGACAGAAGUAUGAGGAACUCGGUAAUGGUGACAUAUUAACAAAUCAAGAAAUCGAGAAAACCGCUAAAUUCACCAUCAACUCCGAUCCCAUAUUGGACGUUAGCAAAGAGCCCGCACAGGAAGAGUUCCACCACGAAGACCAUGAGAACGAUGUCUAUAUAUCUCCAGAAGACAGAAGGAAGCAAGCACAGAAAAACAGGACGAAACACUAUAUAAAAAUGUCCUUACUGCUCGGCUGUUGGGUUUUCUUCACCGCUGUGUUUUUAACGCACGAUGAAAAGCACGAGAAAUUCCUAACAACCGCCGUUAUACCUGGCGAAAUUAAUAAUUAUACAAUCAAUAUGACAAACACAGAUGCCGUAUUAAUUAAAUUGACAGGUCCGUUUGCAUCGGAGCAAGCGGAAAUAAAAAUGAAUUCUACUGUCUAUGAUAAGGCUGACAAGUUAAUAGCGUGGCUUGAAAAUGAGCAUAAAGUAAGGAAUUUUUAA